UAAGGGGACAGCUACAGAAUAGCAAGCGAGGAAGCGGUGCGCACUUCAUAGGUCGUAUAACCUUACUGAAGAGACAGGAUCAGAUACAUAGCGGGCAGAGGGAAUCACGUCCCAAAUGCAUUAGCAACGACAUUGUUUUUGCAAGACAUUUUACGCAUCUCUUUGUUUUCGUUACAGUGAAUUAUACUAGCGGGAUGAAAUAACUCGUGCACAACAGAACGACACAAUACGAGUGAUUUACUCAAGUUUGCAUGGUUGGUGUGUUGCAGAGGCGCACGUUAUUAAUAUGGUUGCAUUUUAUACUGGAUACACAAUACUGAAUUAACAAAUUGCUGUGCAACUGUAAUAUUACAACAACAACAAAAAAAUGGGCUCUAGACUAAGCAGACAGAGCAGUCUGGACAGCGACACGAAAUUUUCAAAGAGGAGACGCCAGCCGCGUGACAGCUCCGGAGAAACCGAGAGGAAUGGGAGUCGAGGUAGCGGGGAGUUUUUGUUUACAUCCUUGAUGCUGAAGUCAGACAAGCUACCGGGCAUGCUGCGGAAAACGAAUCACAGCCCGUACGUGCGGAGGGUGGCGUGGAUCCGCGAGAUACAGAAGCUUCUCCGCGAGCACAAGGUGGACCAGGCGGUCGACGUGCUCAAAUUACUGAGAAAGGAUCUGGGUCUGGAGGGCACCUCCCUGAAUGACAUCCUGUACAAGAAUGCCGCCUUCUUGAAUCUGGUGGACCCCAUCUCCCACGAGCUGCUGCUCAGCCUAGCACGUGACAUGCAGUGCCCCAAGAAGGAUGCUGACACCCUGAAGUCUUCAGACAAGAUCUGCAGACAGCUGAUCUACCACCUGACCCCGCACUCCAAAUGGCUUCGACAGAGCAUGCCCAGAAGGAAGUCCCAGGCCUGUCUCAAAACCACUCUGCAGAAGAAACUAUCCAACGACACGGUCGACCUGUCCGGCAUCCCGCUCUCCAGCAGGGACGUCCACCGUGUGGCCUACUAUCUCCAGAACAACGGGGACAUGGUGGCGUCGGUGGACCUGAGCUUCACUGAGCUCCAGGACGAUAACCUCCGCCUCCUGCUGCCCUUCCUGGGAUGCCUGCCCAAGCUCAGCACCCUGGCCCUCAACGGCAACCGCCUGACUCUGGCCAUCAUCAAGGACCUCACCGAGGCCAUGAAGGACCCCAAGAAGUUCUCCAGCUUGGCCUGGAUCGACCUGGGCAACAACGUGGAUAUUUUCACCAUGCCCCAGCCGCUGCUGGUGGCCCUGAGAAGACGCUGCAGCCUCAAGAGCAGCCUGCCCACCAUCUACGAGUACACCGAGGGCCAGCCCUACAGCUACCACAUGGAGACCUCCAUCGAGGAGGCCAGCCACUACGAGGAGGAGGAGGAGGAGGAGGUGGUAGAGGAGGAGGAAGAGGAGGAGCUGGAGGACAAGCUGGAGCUGGAGCCCUGGGGUAUCGGCGAGAAGAAGGUGUCCCAGGGUUUCACACUGCACUACUGUGAGAGGUGAUUCCCCUCCCCUGGGCACCACCACCUCCCUCCACCCUCAAAUUCUGGCCCGAUCGAGUUGGAGGCCUCCUCUCAGUUUGCAGUUAGCACCCCCCCCCCACCCCCCGCACUGUGAGCCCGGUUACCCGCAUUGGUAAGCGUGAGUCAGCACCAAACAUUCAGAGAACCUCUGUCCAACCAAGCACCCUGUAACGUCUCACACUCAAAAAAAAAAAAAAAAAAAAAAACAACACAAAAAACAAACGACGACAAAAAACA